CGUUUUAUUUCAUAAUUUGAGAUUGGGGUUUGUGUGUGUAUCCUCAGAUGGCGACCACAUCGGAGAUCAACAAUGAUCUUUCGUUUUCCGUUGUAUCGAUUGUUGAAGAUGUUCUUCAACAACAUAGUAGUCGAUCAAGCGACGUUGGUUUCGUUUCCCGGAAAGUUGAUGAAUCUUCUUUAAGAAGAUAUGAAGCUGUUGGGUGGCUUAGAGAUAUGGUCGGAGUUUCCAAUGGUAAAGAUUUUCCGGCUGAGCCUUCUGAAGAAGAUUUUAGGCUUGGAUUGCGAAGCGGAAUCGUACUUUGCAAUGUUCUUAACAAAGUUAAUCCUGGAUCAGUGUCAAAGGUUGUUGAAGCGCCGGACGAUGUUGUAGAUGGAGCUGCACUCUCAGCUUUCCAAUACUUUGAAAACAUCAGGAACUUUUUAGUAGCCAUAGAGGAAAUGGCGUUGCCAUCAUUUGAAGCUUCAGAUAUGGAGAAGGGAGGCAAGUCUAUAAGAAUAGUGAACUGCAUUCUUGCCCUUAAAUCUUACAGCGCGUGGAAACUGAAAGGUGAAAAUGGUCCAUGGAGAACCCACUCUACGGAUAUCUCAUCAACUGAUCCAACUCUGAGUUCUGAUGUUGGGCAAGAACAUAGUGAAAAAGGAGAUUCUAGAUCCAUAAAUGGGCUUGUUCGCUCAUUCAUUGCAGACAAAAAGCAUGAAGAUAUUCCAAAUGUUGUAGAGUCUGUGUUGAACAAAGUUAUGGAAGAAGUCCAGCAACGUUUAUCAAUCCACAAUGAAAUGAUGAAAUCAAGAUCAAAGCCUAUUCUAGAAGAUGAUUCAUCCUGUGAGACAGUGGUCCGGUCUCAGCAGUGUGAUGCAAGACAACAUGAGGAAUCAGAAAAAGACAGUCCGCCUCAGGUUGUAGAAAAAAGGUUUCAAAGGACACAUUUUGAACAUUACGAAGAACAAGAGAUUCUUCUGAACCAACAAAAACACAUCCAGGAGUUAAAACAAACCUUAAAUUCUACAAAAGCGGGAAUGCAAUUACUACAGAUGAAGUAUCAAGAAGAUUUCUUUCACCUAGGCAAGCAUUUAAAUGGUUUAGCUUAUGCGGCUACGGGAUACAAAAGGGUUCUUGAAGAAAACCGCAAACUGUACAAUCUAGUGCAAGAUCUAAAAGGAAACAUACGGGUGUACUGUCGGGUUAGGCCAUUCUUGCCUGGGCAAUCAAGUUGUGGUUUAAGUGCCGUGGAACACAUAGACGAAGGAACCAUCACCAUCAGAGUGCCAUCAAAGUAUGGGAAAGCAGGGCAAAAACCAUUUAUGUUCAAUAAAGUCUUUGGUCCUUCUGCAACACAAGAGGAAGUGUUUUCAGACAUGCAACCUUUAGUACGGUCGGUUCUUGAUGGCUACAAUGUCUGCAUCUUCGCUUAUGGCCAAACCGGAUCAGGGAAAACUUUUACCAUGACAGGGCCUAAGGAACUGACUGAAGAGAGCCUAGGUGUGAACUACAGGGCACUGGCAGAUCUGUUUCUUCUAUCAAAUCAAAGAAAAGACACAACCAGCUACGAAAUCUCAGUUCAGAUGCUGGAAAUUUACAACGAGCAAGUCAGAGAUCUACUUGCCACAGAUGGCCAGACUAAAAGAUAUCCUUUGGAGAUCAGAAACAACUCUCACAAUGGAAUUAAUGUGCCGGAAGCAAGUCUAGAGCCUGUCUCAUCGACGGAUGACGUUAUACAGCUGAUGGAACUAGGACAAAUGAACCGUGCAGUGAGCUCUACAGCUAUGAAUGACAGAAGUAGUCGAUCUCACAGUUGUGUAACUGUUCAUGUUCAAGGCAGAGACCUCACAUCCGGGGCUAUCCUUCAUGGUUCUAUGCAUCUGGUUGAUCUUGCAGGAAGCGAGAGAGUGGACAAGUCUGAGGUGACUGGAGACAGAUUGAAGGAGGCUCAGCACAUCAACAAGUCCCUCUCGGCUCUUGGAGAUGUCAUCUCCUCGCUUUCCCAGAAGACUUCUCAUGUGCCAUACCGAAACAGUAAACUCACUCAGCUGCUACAAGACUCCCUCGGAGGAUCAGCCAAGACGCUUAUGUUUGUCCACAUAAGUCCAGAAGCUGACACUCUCGGAGAAACUAUUAGUACUCUGAAAUUUGCUGAACGAGUGGGGCGUGUUGAGUUAGGCGCUGCUCGUGUGAACAAAGAUAACUCAGAGGUUAAGGAGCUUAAAGAACAGAUUGCUAAUCUUAAGAUGGCUCUAGUGAGGAAAGGAAAUGGUAAUGAUGUACAACCAACCGCUAUACCAAUCAACCGUGAGAGAAUAUCGAGAAGAAGAUCACUCGAAACUCCUACUAUUCGACCCAAAUUACCUACCAUGGGUAACACAUCAAGCAACAGUAGGCCCCAAAUCAUGGAUCUUAGUGGACCAGAGGCUUUUAGCGAUAGUACUGCAUCGUCAAGAAGACACAGCUUAGAUAUCCAUGAGCUUAUGAAAUCUUCUUCUCCGGCUUGGCCAAGGCAGUCACUCAAUGCGAAAGACGAGGACAGAGAGUUCAAGUCAGGGGAGUGGAUUGAUAAGCAUGAAGAGUUAAUUCAAAAUCAGAAUCCGAAUUCUCCUGAGCAAUUCUACCAGUCAAUGGUCACUCAACAACCAUCACUAAACGGUGGGAAACAAGAUUUUGAAGUGCAGAGUAUUACAGAUAACGAAUCUGAUGAAGCCGCAACAAGCGAUUGCUCAGAUACCGAUUUGUUGUGGCGAUUGAGCGUUCAAGUGAAUGUUCCUAAGGUUUCCAAUAUCCAAAACUCAACAAACCCCAAACCAAAGAAAAUUCAGCCAAGAACUGCAAAACACUCAGAAACUAGAAGUUUAAUUCCGUCAUUGAUCCCAGCACCAAGCAAGAGACCUCCUAACACCGUAAAUUCACAGCCGCAGCGACCAACCAGAGAUGGAAAACGCAGACUGAGUUUAGGCACAUGAACAUGUUUUCACCAGUUUUGUAAAGAGUUUAAAAAGGAAGGAGACAAAAAAAGAUUUGUUAUUUGUAUAUUGUGAGAGAAAGCUUUCUCUGUUUUGGCCGCUCUUAUUGUGCCAUUUAGGUAAAAUCUCAAAUUUGUUGUUUUGAGUGUACAAAGAAUGAUUCCUUGUUAUGCAAUCUUCUUCUGGAUUCUUAACUUAUGUGUAUGGAUAUAUAAUUCAAUUAUUUGAACAUCCAUAUGCUUUUGAUAAAGUAAAAUGGCACAU